UUUUGUCUCGAGAAUGUUCGAUGCAUGAACAGUUUCGUCAGACUUUCGAGAAAAAUCUAGUUCCGAGAAUCGUCUGAAAAAGGUAGAACGACAACGUUUACGGGAGUCUGCAGCACGCCGCGCGCGUGCCACGUGCGAUCCGGGAUGUUGAACGAAAGUUGAGAGCCGUGCGUCGGUAAAUUCGUAACUGUUCACGCGUAGCAUUUCGAAACGCGUUUACGACUCACGACACCAAGACCAGGUAGAGACUCCAAUCGAGGAGGACGGGGGGGGGGUCUUUGAAAAGUGGAGACGUAGAGAGUGAACAGUGAAAUUCAACAACAGACAUUGCUUGGUUCGGUUACAGUGCAUCAAUCUCGGGCCAGGCCAUAACGAGCAGGUAGCUUGGACUCGAGCUACAGCUGUACGCGAUUGUUCAUCGAGCGUAGAACAGACGAGAGAAGACGCACCAUGGCGAUACCAUUUUUGCCCAACGGCGACGAGAACACGACGUCGGAGGACCAGCUGAUGUAUCAGCUGUAUGUAACCCUGCAGAAUACCCUCCGGAGCAGGAACGCCCAUCAUCCGUCGCGAAAUCAUCGGGCGCCGCGUCGAUCCGAUUCCGGAUCUCAGCAACCUCUGGUGAUCUGGCUGCAGUCCGGCAACGUCGAAGACUUGUCGAACUUGCCGCUACCAGACUUGGUGCAGUCGGCCGUGGAUCAGCUGCCACCGCCAUCGCCCCACGUGACAGUUUCUGUCCCCAGCAGCCCGAUGAGAGACGCGACCUUCCAGUUCCCUGAGUGUAACGUCAACAGCAACGGUGCACCGUUGCCGAGCCCAAGGCCACGGCCACGAAGACGUUUCGCCUCGGAGAGCUCCGUCAUGGAGACGGGCCCGAUCGAGGUGAGCAACUGCAACGGUACCACCUGCCGCUGCCACCUCGGCCUGAUCCUCAACGAGAGGCAGUCGUGGACGAGCGUGGGUGCGAAUCUCAGGAACAUCGCCGGGGAUUUCCACGCGUGCAGGACCAAGGACGCCGAGAUCGAGAAGUCGACGCUACCGAUGAUCGGUCCAGGUUUGAACGGUCGCAACAGCAACUCGUCAUCCACCGACAGCUUACUGUCGUUGUUGAUUCCGACGCCGUUACGAGAGACCCUCUGGGCAACCGUGGCUCUAUACCUAGGCUGGAGACUCGUCUCCCGCCUGCGAUAG